CCUGAAUCUGGGUUGACUGUGAUCAUAUUCAUUUUUCCCAUUCAUAUUUUUAAUCAAGAUGGCUGACGAAACGAAGGAUGCUUGCCGUAUCGUAAACACUGCUCAUACUCCCAGUGAUGAACCAAAGCAAGACGCCGUUGAAAAGGACAAGGAUAAAACAAAUGAAACAGAAAAAGAAACUAAUGUAGAAGGAGAACAAGUAGUAGAAGAGGAAGAAGUUGUAGAAGGUAACUGGAACACCAGGAAAGUUGAAGUUAAAGAAAUACAAGUAAUAACUGGUGAAGAGGAUGAAGAAAUAUUCUGGCAACAAAGAUCUAAGCUAUAUCGCUUUGGAACAGACACUGAUGGAGAACAAGUAUGGAAAGAAAGAGGUCUCGGAGAAUCUAAACUCUUGCAACAUAAAACUACCAAAAAGAUAAGAUUCCUGCUAAGGCAAGAUAAAACGUUGAAGGUUGUAGCCAACCACUACGUAGUAGAAACAGAAUCGUUGUGUAAAUUGAGACCAAACAUUGGAAGCGAUAAGAUUUGGGUCUGGACUGCUAAUAAUACAUACGAUGAUGAGACAAAAGUGGAACAAAUGGCUCUUAAGUUUGGACAAAUAGAACAUGCGAAUCUUUUUAAGGAAAAAUUCGAAGAAGCUGCGAAGAUCAACAAAGAAAUUUUCGAUGCAGAAAAGAAGUUGUGACGUAAAACUUCUUUAUUGGCGUUAUAAACCGUAGCUUCUUUUUAAAAUAAACACGCCAUUAAAGUGAAAUACAUAAUGU